GUCAGAGAGCUUCGAAGAUGAACCGACUGUUUCUCGUUCUGCUGUUCGUGUGCGCCGUUUCGGCCACCAGGUGCAUCAUCAAGGACGACAAGGACGAACCAGAGGUCCACGUGAUCCGCCUAGGAGAUCGCAGUGGAGACUCAGACGAGUCGGAGGUCGUAGCCUUGAACAUUCCGGACAGCAGACGCAAACGGGAAGCGGAUAAAUCCUGCAAAAAGGACAGCGACUGCCCCACGGGAAGAGUCUGCGUUCCGCUACUAGGAUGUGUUAAGGGACACCGGAAGAAUCCUAUUUUGCAUAAGUUACCACACGCGUGAACCGCUAGAUUGACAAUGUUCUCGAAGUAGCAAAGAAGAAACCACCUUUUCGCAAUACUGAUAGUAAAAACAUGUAUCGCACGCCUUUUAGCUUAUUGCAAUAAACCCUACGCAUGAUUUAAAAA